CGGGCAGUCACAUGGAAACCGGCUCGCAGCGCCCCCGCACUCCCGCGCUGCCCGGGCAGCGGCCGGCCGAGCCCUGCCGCGCCGGGAGCUCCGCCGCCUGCCUCUGGCCCCGCCGUGCCCGGCUGCGGUCUGGCCGGGCAGCCCGAGUGUGAGGGCUCGUGGCGCGGCGCCGCUUCCCGGCCGGCCGGUGGCGAGGGGGGCCCGGCCAUGGAGACCCUCGUGCGCCCCGGGGCCAGCAAACCCCCUACAGGGAAAAGAAUGAAAGCUCGUGCUCCCCCUCCACCAAAUCAACCUUCUGCAGCAAGUAGAAUUCACAGUGAGCACAAGUCACCUGCAGAGACAUCUGUGAUUUCUGAUCAGAACCUCGUGAGCAUGAAAGAGAACAUGAUAAACAGACUGGUGAACUUGACAGUCAUUUUACCCAAUGGGGUGGAGCAGAAGUGCACAGUGCAAGGAAGCAAAGCUGUGAUGGAUGUAUUGGUUGACUUAUGCAGCCAGUAUCGCUUAAAUCCAUCCCAACAUAGUCUUGAACUGAAGUCUUCGGGAUCUCAGCAAGUUCUGAGUUACAAGCCAAACACUUUGAUAGGAGCACUGGAUGUACAGACAGUACUUCUGAAAGCGAAGAUUCCUGAAGAGAAAGCAAAGCGACCUCUGCCAAGGGUCCCUGAGAAAUCUGUGAGGCUGGUAGUGAACUACCUGAAGACACAGAAGGCUGUGGUUCGGGUUAGUCCAGAGGUGCCACUCCAUAGCAUCAUCCCAGCUAUUUGUGAGAAGUGUGAAGUCAGUCAAGAGCACAUUGUUCUUCUGCGGGAUGGCAUAACUGGGGAAGAGCUGGAGCUUACCAAGUCUUUGGAGGAACUAGGGAUAAAGGAGCUGUACGCCUGGGACAGAAAAAAAGUUCCUCCAUCAAAAACUCAGUCUGAACCUUCUCUGAACUAUAGAGAACCAAAUCGAAAGGCUUCAGUAAGCAGUGAUGCAAUAGAGAAAGAAAAGACAAGACUUUUGGGAUUGUUUAAUGCUGAUAGAAGAAGCAGUAAGACAGAAGAAUACUUGAGGAUGAACAGAGAUUGUUGUGAGGAGGAUGCAAUUAGUUCUGCAUCUACAAGUGAAGGAAGCUUGGAUGUAAGUACUAACACAGCUUGUAGAUGCUAUUGCAUUCUUAUUAGACCCUGCAGUUUGAAUUAACCAGAAACCACUGCU